AUUGCUGGCCAGAGGACCUUGACCUGGACAUUCCUGUAUACUUCACUCCCAAGAUGGUAGCAAAGGGCACAUUCUGGGUAACGGCUCGCCUUUGGUGCCAGAAUGAGAGCUGAGACAUUGGAACGCUGCCCAAGCUGGACUCGGGAUUCCACCCUGAGGGAAUAAGAAGAAGAUACUCAUGGAGCUGCAGAGACAUUCCAAGUCUGUCGGAGAUCUACAUAGAACACCGGAAACUGUGGGACGCCCCUGUCUGCAAGAACCUGCUAGCGAUGUGGGGCAGCCCAUCAAGUUGGAGAUAGGAGAUGAGGGAGAGGAUGCCCAAAUGUUGCCUCCUAAACUCUCUCGCCCACCAGUUCCUUCUCCUGGAAGUGCCCUCAUUCAGGGUUUGAAUGGGCUGCCAGGAGCAGGCAAGAGAGCCCACAUUUCUGGAGGGUCGGUGGGGGUGGAACAAGGAGAAUCCUCUCGACUGGGGCGCUACUUGUUGAUUGACAGUCAAGGGCUUCCCUACACUGUGCUGGUGGAAGAGGGGGUGGGAGCGGCAGGAGGCAAUGAAGGAGGGAGUGGGAGCUCCUUGCGGAAGGUGUACAGCUGCCCUGUGUGCUCGCGGACAUUUGAAUACCUGUCUUAUCUGCAGCGACACAGCAUCACUCACUCGGAAAGUAAGCCCCACGUCUGUCGGGCAUGUGGCAAAGCCUUCAAGCGCACGUCCCACCUGGAGCGCCACAAGUAUACCCAUUCGGGCCGGAAGCCCCACCAGUGCCCUAUCUGCCAACGCAGCUUCCGGGAUUCUGGGGAGCUCUCGCAUCACCAGCGGGUCCACACAGGCGAGAGGCCUUACCAGUGUGAGGCAUGCCACAUGCGCUUUGGCGAACGCAACACCCUCCAGAGGCACAUUCGCCGGAAGCACCGCCUGCAGCUGCUUCCCACAGCAUAGAGACUGAUCUUUUGGGGGACAUAACUUGUGCUACAAAAAACUGGUGUAAAAACCUACCCAGGCCAUAAAAAUCUGCCGUCCAGGCCCUGCUAGCAUCCAUGCAUGCUGCGGUAAUCCUAGCCUUCAUGUUUCUGCCCGCCACUAAUGAAUCUGAUACUCCCACAUCUCUCAGACCAGUGAUUGGCAGGUUCCAUGAAAAACAAAAUGUGGAAUGGAGAAACUCACACCCAGCUAUACCACAAAAUAUCUGCCAUGCAAGGGCCAGCUUGCUAUGUCCUAACAUGGACACCUCUUGUCUUCUCAUGCCAAGUUGAACCUGGCAUGAAGACUGGUUUACCACCCUUUUAUAGAAAUGCUUAGUCUAUCCUGCCUGCCUAUGCUCCCCAUUGCCUGGUAGGAAGAUCUGUUCCCUCCUGCUUUGUCCCCUGUUAUCACUACCCCUGAAGGCCACACAGAUCUAGCAUGAAUACAUUGGCCUGUCAUUUCCCAUCUCUACAACAGAGAGCAGAGCCUACUAGCAUCUAACUUUGCCACAAUAUACUGGGGGAAACCUCUUGUUCGUUUCAUGAUGAUUGGUAGGGAGAAUCCAACAGACCUUGCCUAGACCCAGCAUGUAUGGCAUGGACAUAGUCCUCCACUGCCUGUUAUUAAUAACCCUCUUUCUCAUUGGUAGACCUAGCUUUGAUAUCUAUCUAGAAGCUUCCAUUUCUUUCAUAUACACACCGACCCACAAACACAGCAUGGGGGACAUUGGCUUGAUAGAAAACUUGAGUGUACCCAUUGUAGAAAAAUGUGCUCUAUGGAUUAUGUUGCAGUUGAUUCGGAGGCAAAGGGUUAUUAGAUUGGGGGGGGGGGGGAGGAUGACUCUCUUUAUUUUGGCAUAGUAUUUUAUUUAAAAUUCCCAACUGGAUUUGGCAGAUAUUGAUCCAUCAUUUUCCGUGUGCUGCAGUUAUCUUAGUUGGUAGCACUGAGUAUGCUAGCCUGAUACAGAAUGGGACCUCCAACUUUAAAUCCACUGAUCCCACCUCAGCAAUAGUUUGUGCCUAAAUUAUUGUCUCUGUAAAAUAAACAACGUGACAGCCUUUUGCAAAAGUGGUAAUAUAAAGGCUACAUAAAAUAUAUUGGCCGAAAUAUAUGAUGGGGUGGGAUGUACUGUCCUCCUCACUCCAGUGUUCAUGGUCUGUAAUUCAUGGCAUUCCACACAAUUGGUUAUGCUGGUUAUAGCUGAUUUGUAUCUGUGGUUUAGCACCUUUUCCUGAUUAAAAAACAUAAAUUAUUGGGUGAAGAGUGGGGGCACUUAAAAGAUGGGAUAGGGAUAUUUCUCAGCUCUUAGAUCUUAACUGUCUUAAUUUGAAAUCAUUUACUUUUCCAGUGAAAAAAUUGUGAUUCUACAUUCCUUCAGAAAGAUGCUGCUGCUACCUCUGACGCUACUCCAGUCUCCAAACAAGAUCUGUACCUAGGUGCAUCUGUCCUAUUAUCAGGUCUUGUUUAUUCAGACAGCUUUCCAAGUAAUUGUUGGCCAUCAUCUGUGUGCUUGUGAGAGAACAAAGGGGAAUAGGUAGGAGGAGUAUUAAAACCUCAGCUCUAUUGCAAACCAAACCAAACCACCCUCAAAUACUUUUGCCUUCAUCCCUCCCUUUUAGCUAUGGGAGUAAAAUAGAUGAUGGGACAAUGUGGUUUCCUACAAUAUUGAACAAGCAUCAGAUGUCUCUGUUUACAGCUUGGAAAUAAUGGGUUGGAUGAAGGAAAAGAAGCAGGAGAAACUGAUAUACAGUACAGGCAUGUGUUCCAAGGGGCCAGAUAGACUGGUACCCAAAGCUUGCUAGGGAGAUCCCAGGAUCAUGUUUCCUCUACUUCAUAUUUAGUGCGGACGCUGAUCUAUGUGAAUCUUUUUUCUUUUUUAAACUAAAAACCAUUCUCUGGAGAUUUGGUUCAUCUUUGUGUACUACACAAAUAAAGUGAUGCUGUGUUACUGCCAUCUUGUAGAUCUCUUGACAGGAUGGAGAGCCAUUAA